AUUGGAUGUAAAAACCAGGAAGUGAGACGAUAACCAAUCCACAGAAUAAAAACGUUUGAAAGCAAAGAUUUGACCUGUCUGCUUCUUGGAGCUGCAGGCUCUCAGCUCACCAUCAUCAUCAUCCUCACCACCGUCAGCUGUUUGAAUCAACUUGAUAGUUUAUAUUUAUUUUAACAAUCGAAGGUUGCAGAGCAAUAUUGAACAUGGCGGCCUUCAAAUUAGUGCUGAUUCGCCACGGAGAGAGCAACUGGAACCAGGAGAAUCGUUUCUGCGGCUGGUUCGAUGCAGAUUUGAGCGAAACCGGAGAGAAGGAGGCGAAGAGAGGAGGACAGGCUCUUAAAGAUGCUGGUUUUGAGUUUGAUCUCUGCUACACCUCGGUAUUGAAGCGGGCCAUCAGGACCUUAUGGCUCGUCUUAGACGGCAUUGAUCAAAUGUGGGUGCCAGUCCACCGGACCUGGCGGCUCAAUGAGCGCCAUUAUGGAGGUCUAACAGGGCUCAACAAAGCUGAAACAGCGGCUAAGCACGGAGAGGCCCAAGUGAAAAUCUGGAGGCGCUCAUUUGACAUCCCUCCUCCCUCCAUGGACCCAGACCAUGACUACUACACUAUCAUCAGCAAGGAUCGUCGCUAUGCAGACCUAACUGAGGACCAGCUGCCAUCCUGCGAGAGCCUGAAGGACACCAUUGCACGUGCACUGCCUUUCUGGAAUGAGGAGAUUGCCCCUCAGAUCAAACAGGGGAAACGGGUGCUCAUUGCUGCCCAUGGAAACAGUUUGAGGGGAAUUGUGAAGCACUUGGAGGGAAUGUCAGACGAAGCGAUCAUGGAGCUGAACCUGCCAACUGGCAUCCCAAUCCUCUAUGAGCUCGACAAGAACCUGAAGCCAGUGAAGCCUAUGCAGUUUCUGGGAGACGAGGAGACUGUACGCAAAGCCAUGGAGGCUGUUGCUGCUCAAGGAAAAGCCAAGAAGUAACAAGAGAGAAAUGAAUAAAUAAAUAACAAACAUAAUAGUCUAUUUAGUGUGAAGGUAUAAGUAAUCCCUGAAAGCUGACCUCAGAUUAGUGUGUUUCCCAAAUGCUAAUAUGUUUCAGGUUCUACAGUAUGAACAAAAUGCUAUAGAUUGUUCUUCUGGCUUCAUUCUGGGCAAGUCACAAAUAUGGAUGGAUUUGUUUCAGAGAAAUUGAAACCACAGCUCUCAAGAGAUGGGAAAAAUUAUAACCUUAAAAUAAUAUUUAUUAGAAAUUGUCAAAGCUUGUAUUAAAAUAUAUUUAAUGACUUGAACGAAACUCGAAUGUUGCCGUAAGCUAGAAGCUCAUAAGAUUUUAGUUACGGUUUUGAUGCUCAACAUGCAUAGUAUGUUUGCAACAAGUAAGAACUUACAAACUCUUUUUAUGUUUAUUCUGUAUUUUUAAGUACUCUGUUUUCUGCACCAGGGAUAAGGACCAAUCUUCCCCUGUCCUUGUUUAAUGCGUGGGACAAGGUGAUUGCAUGUGGCAUUUUGAAUAUGUGCUUUUAUUUGCUAAAUUUUCAAUGUUUACUUUAGAACAACUAUUCAAUGGAAACAGCUGUCUAAUUUUUCAAUCUCUUGAGAGUGGGAUGGGAUAUUUAGAGCAGGUAAUUGUUUUUCUUUCACUGCAUGUCUUUAGGCUGUAUACCAUGUUUAUGAAUGUUUGUGUUUUUGUCUGUAAUUUUGAGCAUUGACUAAUAUCUCUUUGCAAGUAUUACACUUUAUAAAAAAAAAAAAAGAUCAUUCUUUUUUUUUGCUAUUGUGCUAAGAGUUCACCAAUUUUACAGUGCUAAGAACAAAGGGUCUCAAACUAAACAGUUUUUGUGUGGUUUCACCAUAUUUGGUUUGCUAUUGGUUUAAUGUGCCUCACACCAUGUCCUACAGUAUUGUUGCUUGUUUUAAUUUAUGCAAUGUCUUGUGUGUUGCUUAAAAGAACCAUUAACUAAUAAAUCAAAAAGUGUGUGUAUGUC